AUGGGCAGCGCCGACUCCAAGCUCAACUUCAGGAAGGCGGUGAUCCAGCUCACCACCAAGACCCAGCCUGUGGAGGCCACGGAUGAUGCCUUUUGGGACCAGUUUUGGGCAGACACAGCCACUUCAGUGCAGGAUGUCUUUGCCCUUGUACCAGCGGCAGAGAUCCGAGCAGUGAGAGAAGAAUCGCCUUCAAAUUUGGCAACUUUGUGUUACAAGGCUGUGGAGAAGCUGGUGCAGGGAGCAGAGAGUGGCUGCCACACAGAGAAGGAGAGACAAAUUGUCUUGAACUGCUGUCGGCUCCUCACCCGUAUCCUGCCUUACAUCUUUGAGGACCCAGACUGGAGAGGUUUCUUCUGGUCAACUGUCCCUGGGGCUGGCCGAGCAGGGCAGGGAGAUGAAGAUGAUGAAAAUGCCCGGCCACUGGCUGAGUCGUUGCUCCUUGCUGUCACAGAUCUGCUCUUUUGUCCUGACUUCACUGUGCAGAGCCACCGGAGGAGCAUGGUGGACACAGCAGAAGAUAUCCAUUCCAUUGACAGCUGUGAGUACAUCUGGGAGGCAGGAGUGGGCUUUGCUCAUUCUCCACAGCCCAACUACAUCCAUGACCUAAAUAGGACAGAGCUGCUGAAGCUGCUGCUGACCUGUUUCUCUGAGGCCAUGUACCUGCCUCCCUCCUCCGACAGCAGCAACACCAACCCCUGGGUACAGUUUUUCUGCUCUACAGAGAACAGACAUGCACUCCCACUCUUCACCUCUCUCCUGAAUGUCGUCUGUGCCUACGACCCCGUGGGUUAUGGGAUUCCUUACAAUCACCUGCUUUUCUCUGACUACCGUGAGCCGCUGGUGGAGGAGGCGGCCCAGGUGCUGAUUGUCACCUUGGACUAUGACAGCUCCACCAGUUCAAGUCCCACUGUGGAUGGCACAACCACUGGCACAGCCAUGGAUGAUGUGGAUCCUCCUGGACCAGACAAUCUGUUUGUGAAUUACCUCUCAAGGAUACACCGGGAGGAGGAUUUCCAGUUCAUCCUGAAAGGAGUAGCUCGCUUGUUAUCAAACCCGUUGGUCCAGACCUACCUGCCAAACUCUGCAAAGAAGAUACAAUUCCAUCAGGAACUCCUUGUCCUCUUCUGGAAACUCUGUGACUUCAACAAGAAAUUCCUCUUCUUUGUGCUGAAGAGCAGCGAUGUUCUGGACAUUCUUGUCCCAAUCUUGUAUUUUCUCAAUGAUGCCAGAGCAGACCAGUCACGAGUGGGCUUGAUGCACAUUGGGGUCUUUAUCCUCCUGCUCCUCAGUGGGGAGCGUAACUUUGGGGUGCGACUGAACAAGCCAUAUUCUGUACGAGUGCCUAUGGACAUCCCUGUCUUCACAGGGACACAUGCAGAUCUGCUCAUCAUAGUCUUUCACAAGAUCAUCACCAGCGGGCACCAGCGGCUGCAGCCCCUCUUCGACUGCCUGCUCACCAUCGUUGUAAACGUGUCUCCAUACCUGAAGUCUCUUUCCAUGGUGGCUGCUAACAAGUUGCUGCAUCUCUUGGAGGCUUUUUCCACCACCUGGUUCCUAUUCUCUGCUGUCCAGAACCACCAUCUUGUUUUCUUCUUGCUUGAAGUUUUCAACAACAUCAUUCAGUACCAGUUUGAUGGGAACCCCAAUUUGGUCUAUGCUGUUAUCCGCAAGCGGAAUGUCUUUCACCAGCUGGCCAACCUGCCCACAGACUCUCAGUCCAUCCAGAAGGGGCUGCAGCGCAAGAAGAAAACCCCUGAACCCAUUUCUCGCACCAACUCCCAGGACGGGGUCUCCAUGGAAGGGUCACGUCCUGCUGCCCCUGCUGAACCAGGGACACUGAAGACCAGUCUGGUGGCUACUCCAGGGAUUGACAAGCUCACAGAGAAGUCCCAGGUGUCAGAGGAUGGGACCAUGCGUUCACUGGAGCCUGAGGCUUCCCAGCUGUCACCAGAGGGAACCCCACCUACAGCCCUGAGUGAUGGGGAGCCCUGGAGUGCGGAGGCAUCACAUUCCCGGCGGGAUCGAAGGCGUCUCUCUAGUGCAUCCUCCAGUGGACAGUGGACUCCAUCUCCUGACUGGGUGAUGUCUUGGAAGUCAAAGCUUCCCCUGCAGACAAUCAUGCGACUCUUACAGGUGCUAGUCCCUCAGGUGGAGAAGAUCUGCAUUGACAAGGGUCUCACGGAUGAGUCGGAGAUCCUCAAGUUCCUGCAGCAUGGCACCUUGGUGGGGCUGCUGCCAGUGCCUCACCCCAUCCUCAUCCGCAAGUACCAGGCAAAUUCAGGCACUGCCAUGUGGUUCCGCACCUACAUGUGGGGAGUUAUUUAUUUGAGGAAUGUGGAUCCCCCGAUCUGGUAUGACACAGAUGUUAAGCUGUUUGAAAUUCAACGGGUCUAA